AUGAGUAUUAAAAAGUGGCAAUCAUAUCCAAAUCAUUAUCACAGGUACAAACUAACAUAAAUUAAGUCUGCCACAAAAUUAGUGAAUUGUUAUUUCCUGUAUUUCACAUGGUUUCUUUAUUUACCUCAGAUGCAUUACAUAGGUUGGAACUUUUUAAUUCAAAGUGAUCUAUUUCUUAUUGUGAUAUCUGCUAUUAUCCUUUGUAUAUCAACUGUAUCAUUGUUGAUUUCAAAUAUCUACUUUAUCAACUUUGAAUUUAAUGAAUAGUCAUUAAGAAAACAUUUCACUUAUUAUAAUUGUUAUGCACAACUAUUGAUCAUUCCAAUGGCUAUCUUAAAUUAAAGUGCUGAAUCAUUAUACUAAUUGAUUGGUAGAAUAAUUCAUGGCAUAAUUCUAUUUGUCUUAAUUUAUGAGGCAUAUUUUGAAUUACCAUUUGGGUAAAUGUAAUACAAUAAUAUUUAGAUUCUCGAAGUAUUCUACCAUUUACAAUAGAUUAUUAAUUAUGCAUAUAAUAGUAUUUAUUUUUACAUCAAAUUUGUAUUAAAAUCCUGAUGAAGCAUAUAGUUUAUUGGCUAUAAUGUUAAUACUCUAACCAGUUUCAUAAUAUCUAUUUUAAACACUAAUAUAACAUAAGAGACUAAAGACUUAUCAUAAUACUGUAAAUUAAUAUUAUGAAUUAUUAAUAAUAGAAGAUUUCUUUGAUUUAAUAUAGGCUGCUUAGAAAAGCAAAAAAAGAAUUAUUGAAUUAAUUUAGAAAUUUAGUUUACAUUUGAAUCGUUGUUAAUCAAUUAAAUGUUAAUGUAAAAAAAUAGGUGCUGGAGGUGUGUUAAGAUAAGAAGAUGCAGUUAUUUUAACAUCUUGUUUGUUUAGAAUUGGAUUUGAAAAACAUAGAAAUGAUUAAAAAAAUUUAGAAAUUUACAGUCUUAAAUUUCUUACAUUCAUAAAUAAAUAUAGAAAUAAUGCACCUAAAAGUUAUUAGGAAUUGAAGAUAUUAUUUUAAAAGAAAAGAGAUUAUUCUUUUUAUUUCAUUUAAAUUUCAUUAUUAUUAUAAUUUAUAUUAUAAGCUUAAAUGUAAAAGGAUGAAGAUUAUAAUAUUAAUAAAGAUACAAGAGUAUCAAAUGUAAAAUUAUAAGUUAGUAAAAGUGAAAGAAGUAUUGUAUAAACAUUAUAUUAAAUGGAAUAAAUUAAAUAGAAUUUAUUACCAUUAUUAAUGUAAUUAACUUAAUUUAAGAUUUAAUUUUGGAAGUAAUAUUUAGCUGGUAAAUUUUCAAAUUUUUCUGAAAUUGAAAUGGAAGUUAAAAAAUUAUAACUUUUAAAAAUCUAAAUUUUAAAUCAAAUCAAAGUAUAUAAACCAAUAUUUUAUACACAUGGUCGUACAUUUAAUGUACAAUUCCUUAAAUAUAGUGCUUUAAUUGAUUUACUAUUAUUUAACAAUGUUAGAAAAUAUUUUGAAUUAGAAAGAGGUAUUUUAUAUAUAGUAUUAUUUAUUUAUAGAAAGAAGAGAAAUAUUAUAAUUAGAGAAGAGCAUGAAUUCUUUUGAGAUAACAAAUAUUAAUUUUUUUAAAGGAGAAGCUAUUUCUGUUAAAGUUUGUAUAGCAUAAGGUCCAAACAUUGGAAAAGUAUUAAAUGAAGUCAUUUCACCUUUGAUUCCUAAAUUUUUUGGAUUUCAUCAUUUUGAUAAUCCAUUAGAAGCUUUCUUAGAUUUUACAAAGGGAAAUAUUAAUACUUUGAUGCCUACUUGGUUAGAACCUGUUCAUGAUGAAAUUAUGUAAAAUUAUAUAAGAAGAGGAGGAACAGCUAGAAUAGGUAAGUAUUUUUAAACAUUUGCAAAGAUAUAUGAUAAAACUUUGAUUAGAUGUUAAGUUUAUUUGGCUCAUAAUUUUAGUUAAAAUUUGACUGAUGAUUUCACUAUGAUUGGUUGUUUGAAAUCUUUAGAAGAAGAAUAACCAAAAUUCAUACCAGGAAAAGAGCCAAAAAAAAUAAAGGAUGUAGCAUUUAAAGGUACUUAACAUAUUUUAUUUGAUGUGAAUGGGACUAUAUUGGGAAUAACUUAAGGAUUAUAUUAAAUGAUUGAUAGAUUAUAAAGAACUAAAAGUACAUAAAAGGUUGAAUCAUUUAAACAUAAUAGUCAUGAAAAAAGUAAAUCAGAAAAUUCUUCAUUAGAAAGUGAAAGUUUUGAUGUUUAUUAAUAAUAAUGGUCAAAUUAAUUGUUAAAAAUAGAUGAAUUUUAUUAAAAAGUUUUAAUAUGGAUGUUAUUACCAUUUGUUUCUAGAGAGAUAGAAUCAACUGGAAUUGAAUAUUUAAUGGAUGGAGAAACUCCACCUAAGAAUAGAUAUCCAAAUUUAGUAGAUCUAGAAACUAGUAAUAGUAUAGUAAGCAAUAAAGAAACAUAUAUAUUUAUUCCAGAAGAUAUUAAUUUAUUUGUUUCUUAGUAUGAAAAAGUGUUAUAAAAAAUAAUGGAUGAUGUUCGUGUUCAAUCUAACAAUUUCUCUUCUGGAAGUUAAUAUAAAGGAAUGCAAAAUGAAUAUUAAGAAAGUGAAAGUUUUAGUGCUCAAUAAAGUGUAACUAUUUACAAUGAAAAAUUAUGUAGCUUCUACUUUGAUUAACAUUUAAAAAGUCAUUAAGCCUUGUAAUUUGGAACUACUAGAUAAUCAGAAAUGUAAAAGUCUUCCAUGAAACCUUCUUCACAAUCAUAAGUUUCUUUAUAAAGUGAAGAAGAUAGUGAAUAACUUAAAACAAAAGCUGAAAAAAUCUAUUAUGAUAAAUACACAAAAUAUAUUGAAAAAAUUACACUCUAAAAUUUCAAUCCUGUUCCUGUAUUUUAUUCUGUUAAUUAUGAAGAAUAUAGAUAUAAAAAGAAUGAUAUUGGACAAAAAUAAUAAUUUUUUGUAAUUGAAUUAGUUGUAAAUGAAUCUUAAUUAUUAACUACUAUGGGUUAUAAAAGAUAAGUUAGAGAAACUAUUAAAUAAGCUUGUUUAAAUUUUCAAUCCAAAAGACUUUUGAUUGAACAAUAAAUAUAAACUGAAGAUUCUAAUAGUUUUCAAAGCAAUAUUAGUGAAUAAAUAAGUGAUCAUGAUGGAGAGGUAGUUAAUUAUAUGUUUCCCACUCAUCCAUCUCAUUAUUAUGAAGAUUUAUAUUUUCAAUCUCCCAAUUAAGUUUCCAAUUAAUUUCAAUUUAAUAAUAAUACACAAUUAGUUUAUAAUAGAAGUGAUGAUAACGAACACCAAAAGAAAUAGAGCUUAAAUACAUAGGAUUCAUUAGUGAAAGGAUCAUUAAAAUUGAAAUUCCCAGAAAGAAAUUUAGCAUUAAAAACUAUGAAUAAAUAUUUAGAAAAGAAAAGAUAACAAGAUUUUUUUAAUGAAACUGAUUCUAAAUUAGCUAUAGAUAGUCGAGCUUCAUAAUAAUUAAUUUAAGAAGAACAUUAGGUCAAAUAUUCUGAAAAUCUUAAAAUAUUUGAUCUAAAUUAUAAGUCAAUACAUUCGAAAAUGGAAAUCUUUAAAAAUCCUACCUCCUUUAAAAUCUAAAAAUAUCUUCUAUAUUUUGUGCUCUUUUUGAUAAUAGGAUAUAUCAUUCUAUUAACUAUAGCAGUUUAACAAUAAUAUAACUUUAAUGAAUGUUUUGAUUUAAUUGAAUUGAUGUUAUUCACUCAAUAAAGCUAUUCAUAAAUUACACAUGGACUUUACCGUUUAGAAUUAUCUAAUAAAUUUAGUAUUGAUAAUAAUUUGAAAGAAUUCUAUUCUAUUUAAAUUGAUUCUAAUCUCUAAAAUUUAAUUAAUUUAUAAAGUGAAUAAUUAACUGAUAUUAAUUAAAUAAAUUUUAGUGUGAAUUAGUUUUAUAAUAUCGAAUACUAAAUGAUUGUAAAUCCUACUUUAUAAGAGACUAUUUAGAUGAGUUUGGCUUAAUUUUAUAAAAUCAAAAAUAAUACUUUUAAUAAUUCAUAAGUCACCCUAAUUUCUAUUGCUAAUCUAAAAGAAAUAGGAUAAUUACCAAAAUUAGCAUAUGAUAAUUGUUAUGAUGAAAAAGUAUAAAAUGAAGAACAACUUUAAUCCUUAUUAACAAUUUAUAUGUUAAUUAUAUUCUUUUUGGUUAUGUUAUUAUAGUUUUUGUAAGUUCCCUUGAUAUCAAAAUUAAAGAAUGAUCAUAGAAGAUUAUAUAAAAUAGUAAUCAAAUUGUAAAUAUAUGAAGUACAAGAUGAAAUUGAGACAUAUGAGAAUAUCUUAUCUAUAUUUAAAAAAUCAUUAUAUGAAUGGAUGUUAAUAGAUUUUGUAUAAGAAACAAGAAUGUUUGAAAAUAGUAUUGAUAACAUAUAAUUUUAAACUUAACAAUUGACUGAUUAGAGUUAAAAUCUCUUACUUAAUACUAGUAAUAAAAAAAAUAAGUAUAAAUUAUUAGAGAAGUUGAAAAAAUAACACAUAAAUUAGUUUAAGUAUAUCAUUAUAUUGAUGAUGGGAUUAAUAGUUAUACUUGCUUAUUUUCUAAUUAUCUUCUUUGUUAUUUUUAUACUGUCUUAAUAAUUAUUUGCAAAUGCAAAUUUUCUAUUCAACUUUAAAUUAAUCCAAUCUUCAUUUAUCAACAUUAUCCACAAUAUUGAUUUAGUAUGCUAUAAUACAUAUGAUCAAUAACGAUUUAUAAAUCUAAUGAGUUAAGAGGAAUUCAAUAAUUAUUCACUAUCAUUAAAGAGUGAUCAGUAAGAUUAAUACAUAGAAUUCAAUAAUAAUUUUGCUUCAAUUGUGAGUGAUGAAUAAUUAAAAUAAAACUUACAAUAAAUAAAUGAGAAUAACAUAUGUUUAGAUUAAGUUGGGAUUGUUUGUAAUGAAACUUCGUCAUUUAAACUAAAUCCUAGUAUUUUCUAAUAUUACUAACAUGGUAUGAAGUAUUUAAUUACUUAAAUUGAUAAGUUAAUUGAAUCAUAACCACAAUUUUUCUAUGAAAAUAAUAAAAACAAUACUCUAAAAUAAGUAUAAGACUUUUUUUCCAAUACUGAUCAUAUCAUAUAUAUUGAUUAUGGAAGUGAAAUCUUAAUUUUAGCAUAUGAAAAAUUAGUUGAAAUUGCACAUUAAGAGUUUGAUUAAGCAUUAACAAUUUAUAAAUAAACACUAAUGAUAUUCAUUUUGAGUGUGGGAAUGUUGGGAUUAUUAAUUAUUUUGAUGCUAGGUAGAUUACUACUCAAUAUGCAAUAAGAUUCCAUUAAUACAUGCUAAUCAUCACUUCUUCUCAUUUCUCCUAAAAGAUAUUUGAAUCAAAAUAUAGCAUAGUUAACAUAGAAAAAAAGAUGA